UGUGGACCACGAUUCCUGAUUUCCUAGGGUUUCUAAAACAGUUCUGAGGGUUCUUCGUUUGAACUUCCUCGACUCUCCUGAUUUCCUAGGGUUUCUAAAACAGUUCCAAGGGUUCUUCGUUUGAACUUCCUCGACUUCUCCUGAUUUCCUAGGGUUUCAUUGACAGUUCCAACUAUUAAAGCUUCGAUUCCUCCUUUCAGAACUAUUCGUGACUCUCAGCGGAGCGGAUAGGGAUUCAUCUAGAGUGAAUUUCCACGAGAUCUCUGGUUCUGUUUUUCUAGGGUUUUUUGAACUGUUCGAGAUUGAUUCGUCUUUGCAGAAGAAGCCAAAUUCGGGGGUUUCCUAACAAACAUCAUCAGCCCUCUCGCAGCCUGGAAGGUCUUCCGGUAGAGUAUUCAAUCAUGGGUUCUAUAGAAUGCGACGAUCCAGAGGCUCCCGACCCUGAAGCCGUGGAAACAGACCCAACAGGUCGCUACAUUCGCUACAACGACGUCCUUGGCAGAGGUGCUUUCAAGACGGUCUACAGGGGAUUCGAUGAAAUCGACGGGAUUGAAGUAGCUUGGAGUCAAAUAGAACUCGAUUGCGUGUUGCAGAAGCCACAAGACAUUGAAAGGCUUCAAUCCGAGGUUCAUCUUCUCAAGUCCCUGAAACACAAAAACAUAAUCAAGUUCUAUAAUUCAUGGGUCGAUGAGAAAAACAACAACAUCAACAUCAUCACCGAACUGUUUACAUCUGGUAGCUUGAGACAGUACAGUAAGAAGCAUAAGAAGGUGGAUAUGAAGGCCGUGAAGGGUUGGGCGAGGCAGAUCUUAAUGGGUCUCGAUUAUCUUCACAGUCACAGUCCUCCUAUCAUUCAUAGGGACCUCAAGUGUGAUAACAUCUUCAUUAAUGGAAACCACGGCGAAGUCCGUAUCGGUGAUCUUGGAUUGGCGACGGAACUACUUGAGAAGAGAGCUCAGACUGUGGUCGGAACACCGGCGUUCAUGGCACCGGAGCUGUAUGAUGAGGAUUACGAUGAGUUGGUGGACGUAUAUUCUUUUGGGAUGUGUAUGCUAGAGAUGGUUACUUUUGAAUUGCCUUACAGUGAAUGUCAAAACCCAGCUCAGAUAUUUAAGAAGGUCAUGGAUGGAGUAAGGCCAGCUGCUUUAUCUAAGGUGAAGGAUCCUGAAGUGAAGAGGUUCAUUGAGAAGUGUCUUGUUGCAGCAGAGGAAAGGUUGUCUGCCAAGGAGCUUUUGAAGGACCCCUUUCUCCAAGUGGAGAUUGGUCUGUGUGAUUACCCUUUUAGUUGUCUCUCAUUGAAAUGUGAUGUGAAGAACUUGAUUUGUAUACAAGCAUUGUGAAAUAUUGCAAUUCAAAUUGGUAUAUAUUUUUUUUUCAAUUAAAACUUGUACACACUCUUGGUAUGUAAUUCAGUAUAUUGAGUAGAUGGAAAAUUUUCCAUGAAGAAUAUUUUUUA